UUGGUAAUAGAGCAUGAAGAAGACUGGGAUGAACUCCUUGACCUAGUUCUCUUUGCUAUUCGAAGCAGUGUUCAAGAGUCCACCAAGUUCUCUCCUUUCUUUUUAAUGCAUGGGCGAGAAGCUAGGUUUCCUUUAGAAGCUGAAAACAGUGAGAUCACUUCUGUCAGUCAGUUGGGUGAUGUGCAGCAAGCAGUACAUCAUCUAAAGAAAAUGAGAAAAAAGUUUUCCCUCAAGUGAAAGAAAACAUUGAAAACAGUCAGGAAAGACAGAAACAACAAUACAGAAAAAGAAAAGGAGCUGUAGCAAACUCUAUCCAGGUUGGACAGACUGUUUUGCGCUUAAAUAUGCUAAAAAGGACAACGAAAGGUCAUAAGAUGGAAGACACCUGUCUUGGACCAUACAGAGUUAUAGAAAUGACUGCAUCUGGUGGCUGUGUCCUUCGUUGCAUCAAAACUAAUUCAACAAUGAAGUGCAAAGUUAAUAUUAGUCAGCUGAAGAUCUACAACACACCACAGAAGUCUUUUGAAUUGGCAAAUGCGACAAGCAAAGAUGAUGAAUCAGCUGCUACUAGGAUUAAGGGCAACAGCAAGCCAAAUUUCUCAGAUUUAGAACGUCAGCUAUUUGAUCAAAGUCUGUUACGGCUGUGGUACACAGGAGCAAUAUGGGAGGCUUGGAGAGCUGAAGAAGACGACAAGAGAGAGCUUGCUGAACAUACAAGCUCUGUUGAAGAAUGUUGGCUUAGUGUCAAUGUAGACGUGGCUCUGUGGCUAGACUGUCGAACAUAUGAGAAAAAGCCAACAUUAAAACGAGUUAGUGAUUUUGUGCUAGUAAAUCCUGUUGGUCAUCAAGAGUUCAAUGAUUUUGCAAAAGCUGAAAUAACACCAGAAUUGCAAUUACUACUAGAUGUGGACUUGAUUGAUAUGAGAAAGCUGUAUAACAGUAAAGGAAGAAGUUUGUUUGAGGUUAAUAAGAGAGCAAGUAUGCCUCAAACAUUGUCUAGUCUAACAUCAGCUGCCGAGAGUUCACAAAGAUGGGUACAUGGUCUGGAUCUCAAUGAAACUGACAAAUGUAUUAUACAAGGCAAGUGUGCCGACGGCUUUCUAACUAACAAACACAUGCAUGCUGCUCAUCAGCUUCUAUUAAAGCAGUUUUCCUACAUCAGUGGACUAGAGUCAACACUCCUUUGCCAGACUUAUGGAUUCGCUCAUGUAACAAGUGAUGGUAUGAAAUAA